UCCGGAGUCGCCAUGGGCCGCCGUCCCGCUCGCUGCUACCGGUACUGUAAGAACAAACCGUAUCCGAAGUCGCGCUUCUGCCGCGGUGUCCCCGAUGCCAAGAUCCGCAUCUUCGACCUGGGGCGGAAGAAGGCGAAAGUGGAUGAGUUCCCGCUCUGCGGCCACAUGGUGUCGGAUGAGUAUGAGCAGCUCUCCUCUGAAGCCCUGGAGGCCGCGCGGAUCUGCGCCAACAAGUAUAUGGUGAAAAGCUGUGGGAAGGAUGGCUUUCACAUCCGCGUGCGGCUGCACCCCUUCCACGUCAUCCGCAUCAACAAGAUGCUGUCCUGUGCUGGCGCCGACAGGCUCCAGACCGGCAUGCGGGGCGCCUUCGGGAAGCCGCAGGGCACGGUGGCCCGCGUGCACAUCGGCCAGGUCAUCAUGUCCAUCCGCACCAAGGCGCAGAACAAGGAGCACGUGGUGGAGGCCUUGCGCAGGGCCAAGUUCAAGUUCCCGGGCCGCCAGAAGAUCCACAUCUCCAAGAAGUGGGGCUUCACCAAGUUUAACGCCGACGAAUUUGAAGACCAAGUGGCCAGGAAGCUCCUCGUCCCUGAUGGCUGUGGAGUGAAAUACGUCCCCAGCCGCGGCCCUCUACACAAGUGGCGCGCGCUGCACUCCUGAGGACGCUCGCCCUCCUCUGCCAUGCUGGUCUGUCUGACAUCAGCUUAUCAAUAAAGUUUACUGG